GGCACAUCGGGCAGGACUCGGGAGGAGGCACAUCGGGCAGGACUCCGGGCAGAGGCACAUCGGGCUAAACUCGGGCGGAGGCACAUCGGGCAGGACUCCGGGCGGUGGCACAUCGGGCUGGACUCCGGGCAGAGGCACAUCGGGCUGGACUCCGGGCAGAGGCACAUCGGCCCUGGACUCCGGGCAGAGGCAUAUCGGAUCACCAGGCGAAGCAGCAGGCAGCGGGCCACCAGGCGGAGCAGCAGGCCCCAGGCCCCCAGGCGGAGCAGCAGGCACCGGGCCCCCAGGCGGAGCAGCAGGCACCGGGCCCCAUGGCGGAGCAGCAGGCACCGGGCCCCCAGGCGGGCGACA